AUGAGCACAGCUGAAUCCCAGCAGGCUGGUGGUGUGCCCACCCUCCACCACCUCGAUCAUUCCCAAUCACAACGAAUUAUUUGGCUCCUUGAGGAGCUAGGUAUUGAAUACAAGCUUGUGCUGUAUGCGCGGGUUCAAGGUCGUGCGCCCCCGGAGAUGAAGAGCGUCCACCAACUCGGAAAGUCGCCCACGCUCCUCACCGCAGACGGGAAGGCCAUUAUAGAAAGCAGCGCUAUCGUGGCAUAUCUCCUCAAAACAUAUGAUACGGAUGGAAAGUUUGCGAGCGAGGAUUGGUUGCGCGACGAGGUGCUGACGAGCUUUGCGGGCGCGUCGCUGGGCCCGGUCAACGCCAUUGAGCUGCUGUUUGAUAUUGCGUCGAGGAGGACACCGUGGCCAUUGGUUUAUAUUGCGAGGAAGGUGAGGGGAGGAAUUCAGAGGGCGUUCACGUCGGCGGAGUUUGAGAAAGAUCUACAGUACUUGGAGGGAGAGUUGGGAGAUAGGGAAUGGUUCAAUGGGAAGCAGUUGGGGAGGAGCGAUGUCAUGUUAAGUUUCCCAGUGGAUACGAUAGCUCAGAGAGGAUGGGUUGACCUUGCGAAGGACUACCCGAAGAUUGAUGCUUGGAGGAAGAGGAUAUGGAGUAGAGAGGCUUGGAAGAGGGCCCUGGAGAAGGGCAAUGGGUAUGACUUGAAUCUGUGGUAG